AUGGAAUUCAAAACGGAUCAACAACUUCCUACCUUUGAGCCCUAUGUAGCCACCCCAUUCGAUCAUUAUAUGUCUCCAGUUCACCUCGCAUCAUUUCUCACUUUCUCUCUCGAUGACCCCUUCAAAGCCAUCCCCAUCUUAGAGGAUGGAUUGGAACGCCUCAUCAAAUAUCUACCAUUUCUGGCAGGAAAUGUUGCCUUCUCGACCCGGGUACCAGGCAAGGAAAAUGUCUUCGAGAUACAACCCCCAACAAAACAAUUCCUACUGCAACAUCCCAUAUUCAGAAUAAAGUACCACGAACAGCCCAUCUUCUCCAAAUAUUCACGUCACGUUGUGGCGGACAUUACCCCAAUCCCCUUCGCGCUGGCAGAGGACUACCCAAGUCCCAUUUUAAGAUUUCAAGCCAAUAUCAUGUCGGACGGGAUCAUACUCUGCUAUAGCAUUCACCACACGGCGAUAGAUGGUAUUGGGACCACUGUUAUCCUGGAUGCGCUUGCCGCGUUAUGUCGCAGUCCAAAUGCAGGCCCGGAAAUUUUACGAACAAAUCCGCUGAAAGAACAACAAAGUCGACAAAAAAUAUUCGAAGCGGCCUCUGCUCUGAGUAUAAAAGUUCACUCUCAAAAUGGGGACCUUUCAUCUUUAUGCAAGCCCACACCAGGUUCGAUACCAUGUACACCCGCAUCUCGAAAGUUCGUUGUCAAUGCAGACAAGGUAGCAAAACUCAAGACUGAAUGUGCUACCAUCCUAAAGAACCAGUCCAAUCACUAUGCUAGCAAGAUAUCCAGCAACGUCAUCCUCACUGCGGUGAUCUGGCUGUGCACGAUCCGAGCUAUCAUAAAAGCCGAGCCAACGCCAAUGCCAACCAAGUCCUGCGCCGUGUUAGUCGCUGGAGCGCGCUCAAAACUACGACCAAAGCUACCACCAUCAUACCUUGGCAACGCAGUGAUUCUCCACGAAGCAUACACACCUCUCGCAGCGAUUAUUUCUUCAACGAUUGGUUCCAACAAUAGAACUCACACCACACCCCGCCUCUACCACGACGACAUUAAAUUCCUCGCAGAGCUGGCGAGUUUGGUUCACACUGCUCAAGCCUCUAUCACCAACGAGACUAUCCGGGAACUCAUCUCCACCAGAGCCGCGAGUGACAACUGGGCUGCGAAAACACGCCCCAGGGAUGUUAUAGUCAGCUCGCUGCGUAAUUUCCCGACUUACCAGCAUGAUUUUGGACCGGUAUUGGGGCCAGUGAGGGAUUUCGAUUUUCUAGAACAUCGUGUUCCUGGCGAGGCGUGGAUUUUCCCAGCUCGGUACAAGGACCGGGCUUCGCCCUGGGAAGUCAGGUUGACGUUGGAGCCAGCGGUCAUGGGGAAUGUUGAUAAGGAUAGGUUGAUGAUGUGGCUUGGGCCGAGGGAGAUAUCCAAGGUGUGA